AUGCCAUCUGAAAGAAUUAUGAUGAGUGCUAAUGAUAGCACAAAUGAUAAUAGUAAUCAAAGUACUGAUGAUAUUGUUGUUAUUCAACAGCAGAUUGAAAUCAAUGAACAUCCUUCAAUUGAGGCAACAACAAUGAUGAAGUUAAUAACAAAAUCAGCUGAAAAUGGCAGUGAUAAACAAAAUGAAGUGUUGAAUGAAAUGAAUAAAAAAUGCAUAUUAG